UCGACAUCGCCUCACCAGCUCCGGUUUCCAUCCGUUCAGCCAUUCCCCCCCCCGUCAGCUGCCGCCAUGUUUUUCUGAGGCAGGAUGACAGCAGAGAGAGAGCGCAGACGAAGACGGAUAUAGGCUGAAAAACCCAUCGAAUCUACUUCUUUAUUCGACCGGACAACGGUGUGUUUUUAUCGCGGAGGAACUAAUUUCUCAAUAUAUUCGCGAUAACGCGCGUUUUACAAAAGAAAAAAAAAAUCGCUGAAUUUUAGUAUUAUUUUGUUUUCCUAUGGCGUUGGCAUAUUUUCCCAGUAUAUCUUUUUAUUUCAGGAUGGGAGGGGGUCCUCCUACAUAAAUAUAAAUUCCUGAAAAUAUUCGCUCCCUCUCUUUUUUUAAGUUUAUACCAUGAAAAAGCCAGACGAACCUAUUCCUGCCUGCGCUUAACUACCUCUACCAGCAGCCUACAGGAAUAACCAGACGAGUGCUCUUUGCAUGAUCAACUGCUUUACCACAAGUUAUCUGCUUUCAAAACUUUGUUGUGUUAAGCAAAAUAAAGGAAAAAAAAAUAACUUUUCUCUCUAAAGUGAAGAUCCGAAAAAGCAAAUUUCAAAGAUGACGGGCAAUAUUCCAGCUGACAUGAUCAACUUGAGGCUCAUAUUGGUGAGUGGAAAAACAAAAGAGUUCCUGUUCUCUCCAAACGACUCUGCGGCCGACAUCGCCAAGCAUGUGUAUGACAACUGGCCAAUGGACUGGGAAGAGGAACAAGUGAGCAGUCCAAACAUCCUGCGCCUCAUCUACCAGGGCCGAUUCCUACACGGCAAUGUGACGCUAGGAGCUUUAAAACUGCCUCUUGGAAAAACCACAGUGAUGCAUUUAGUUGCCAGAGAGACGCUGCCCGAGCCAAAUUCCCAAGGUCAAAGGAACCGAGAAAAGACUGGAGAGAGCAACUGUUGUGUGAUCCUGUAAAUACAUCCCUCCUGUCCUGAAUGAGUGUAUUAUAUGAUAAUUUGCCCAUGCCGCUGAAACACAUAAACAACUUCUCACACCUGACUCCUACAAGCACCUGACCAGAAAAAGAGCUUUGUGUCACUCGCAUGGAAAAUCACACCCAAAAGAGAGGACAAAACAUUGAGCUGUUCUGCAUUGAUACGAAUCAGCUUCAUAUAGAUUCUCGCCUGUUUUUAAGCCAAAAUUUGUGAAGAGGUUCCAACCCAGAAAUCAGCAGAUAAUUAAAUACAUCACACCUUCUUGCACACACAUUCCCACCCUUUCUAACAACUUCACCCACAAACUCAUGCACUCAGUAAAACAAGCACACACACACACACACACACACACACACACACACACACAUACUCACACUUAAGAUACACACUCCUCCCCUUCUGGCAGUUUGCACACUGAGGAGGCCCUUGUUUCUCUUUUUGUAUUGCACAUAGUAAACAUUCAUGAUGAGUGAGGAAGAAGAGACUCCUAGAUAUUUUUCUUUUUCAGCCUGUGAGAUAUGAGUAUGUGUAAGGAAAAUUAACUUUUCUCAUUUAACAAAGCACCAGAUGCAAGCUUGGCUCAUCAUGCCUGACAGAUCUGAUCGGGAGGUGGAAAGGCUUGCCUUGAUCUAGGUCUGAACAUGCAUAAAAUAGAACAUGCAUACUGGUGAUUUAACCCCUGCAUCGAUGCAUCACCGCAGCAGUUCUCAGACAGUUAUCGAGAUCUACUGUUCACUGAGCUGAUCAACAAAUGUAGUCUAUCGAUUUCAGUGCAGGAGAACAAGUAUUGAUGUGCCUGAUGAAUGUUAGUGACAAUUUGUUAGAAAUGUUUAUUAUAAUUUUCCAUAUUGAAUUAAAUAUGCAUUUGAAAUUAGGCAUGCUGUGACGGGGGUGCAUGAUCCUGGUCUUGGAGAUCUAACUACCUGUCAAGUUACUGUACCUAAGACAACUAGAAGUAUAAAUUCAUUGGUUAUUUUUCAAUUAUACUAGUUCCCGUGAUUUCAAGUAAAUCAGAAGUCCUUGAUUAGCUGGUUAGGAAGUCAGAUCUUUAUUAGUAGGACUGAGCAUCGCUGUGCUGUGAGCUUGAGAUCAUUGAGAUCAACAGAUUUAUUAGUUUGAAACUGUAAUUCGUGGAAUGUUUAAAUUACCUGGCAAACAAACCGAUUGCCAUUGCACAGUACAUUUGCGGCUGUGUUUUGACAGUCUCUGUUUUCUUUAAUUGACCAACCAGUGUUGUGUCUGCCCUCUUUAGAUAGAUCUGAGCUGCUUUUUUUUUUUUUUU